AUGGUAGCAUCUGCCAACAGUACCGAAGUCGGUGUUCUGAGCAACACUGGCGAAGCCUGGACUCAAUGGAUCAUGCCUGGAUCAGCCAGAGCCGAACUUCCAUUAAGUUCAGAAAAAGAAGAAACUCUACCCAUAGGAAUGACUUUUGAUAUCAGUUCUACAACGCCUCUACCUUGGGAGGAAUCAACCAUACCACCUUGUCCCUUAUUAUGCGUUUUAUCGCAUCAAGGCGUAUUACACUGUUUCAAUGUUGUAUAUUUGAAACCAGGAAUUCCUUCAGUAUGCACACCACCUGAUAAUGUUAAAGAUACUUCAGGAUUGAGUUGUUUUGUGGCAAAAAAGUCUCAAUUUCAAACUGGUGAAAUCAAAAUUGGAACAUCUCAGCCGCAAAUCGCAUCCAAUGACACUAAAUUUGUAAUGGCUCCUAAUUUACGGCAAAUUAGUCAAUUACAUGCAGCCAAUACUCCAACAAAAAACGUCACUUUCAAUUUUUCAGCAUCGUCUCAAAGUACGCCUUUAGCACCCCCGAAAACCAAUACCAAUGUUGCCAGCAAAACAUUGUUCGCCGGUCAAACUACACUCACUCCCAUCAAACCUAAGAAUCAGUCUUUAUUCAGUGAACAAUCAUCAAUUACCCCUGCGAAUCAAUCAACAAUUUUUUCCGCAUUAAAUCCCACUAGUGUACCGCAAAUCAACACUGCUCCAAUUAAACCAAUCGUGAUCAGUGCAGCACCUGUAAAACCAAUACAUGCUGCUGUUCCAAGAAAUAAUUUACCAAUUAAACAAGAAAACCAAGAAGAAACAGACGCUAUGAUGCAACAAAUGAUUAAAGACGAAUGGAUGUAUUUAGAAGCUGAAUUAAAAAUCUUGCUUAAAAUGGGGGGCUCUCUAAAACUAAACAUCGGAAGUGAUGAUGAAAAAAUUGCCAUGGUUCAGCAACUAGAAUCUCUAGAUGAAUUUGUUAAAGAAGCUGUUGAAAUAAGUGUAGGCCAAAGCAAUGAAAUUCACUGUUUAAAGCAAAACUUACUUCAAUCGUGGGCUUGGUACGAAGAAGCCAUUUCGCAUUAUAACGCUUCGAAAAAUGAAGCUGUCGCGUUACUUAUCAAAUGCCAACCGUUAGACACUUUAUCAGAAAAACGACUGAGAGAAAUUAAGCAACUUGAUUUUUAUAUAAAGUCCCAAAUUUCUCAAGCCCACAAAACUUUAGACGAACAAUGGGAUAGUUUUCAAGAUUAUGCAAAGAAAACUCAUAAAGUGAAAAUGCCCACGAUGGAAACCAUAUUUUUAACCAUGGUUAAACAAAAUGCUAUACUUCAAAAGCAAAUUUUGCUUUUAAAACAAAUUUCAUUCCGCUUAACGAAAACUAGUAGCAACGAUAUUGGAAAUUUAACUGCGGGUUUUGAAGAUUUAACUUUAAAUCCGCAACAGAUAAGGCAGCUGCAAUAUGAUAAAGUUAAAAGUUAUAGUAAGAAUUUGUCUCAAGGAAAAAGUAAGCAGUUGAAGGAUUUACUUAAUAAAAGAGAAAUAACCAAAGUCACUGCUGUUAAACCUCAAAUAUCUUCGUUUGCCAUCAAUCAAUCUCCUUCUAGUAGAGUGCGACAAUCUAUUUCUAUGCUAGGAGCCAACGUGUCUCCAGCUGCUAAAGCCUCUAUUGCUAAAAGUUUAAGUUUUGCUCAAUCGCCAACACCAAAAACUCCUGAAAAUAUUGAAAAAUCUACUCCUAGUUUUAGUUCAUUACUCAAAACUGGUCCUGUUAUUAGCAGUUCUCAAGGAAGUGCUUUUACACCUAUCGGCGCUUCUUCUACAUCCAAUAAAAUUACUACACCUUCAUUUUCAUUUGCUGCAACAACUUCCAGUAAAAAUCAAGCGCCUUCAAGUACAUUUUCAUCAAUCUUUAAACCUUCUUCUCAAACGGCAACAUUUUCAUUUGGGUCUACUAGUACAUCUAAACCUGCAUCAUCUACAAGUGCCUUAUUUGGUAAUCAAGCCAAUAAUGCCUCAUUUUCUUUUUCUACCUUAUCAACAACCACAAGCACAGGAAAUGUAGAAGUUUCCAAAACAACAACGAAGCCUCCAAGUGGUGUCGCAUCAAUUUUUGCCAACAUACAAUCUGUUAUAGAUAAUGCAACUACUACGACAACUACAACUCAAACAACUUCGCCAACAAAACCUUUAUUUGGAUCAUUCAGUAGUUCAGAUUCUGGACAUUUAUUUGGCAGCGUUUCCAAACCGACAGCAUCAAAUACCACAACAUUCUCUUUUAAAGCUACACCUGCUGAUAAACCACAAUUAACUAAUGUCGAUCAAAAUAAAACUUCACCUAUAAUAAAAAGCGAACCAUCAAAGAUAAUCACCGUAUCUUUGUUUGAUUCCAAAAGUGCAUCAGAUCAAACCAAUACCGAAUCGGGCAGCCAAUCAUUAUUUGGAAAUAAUACAGGGCCAAUAUUUGGUAAUUUAUCAGCAACUGGAUCUUCGAGUUUAUUUUCAAGUUCUCCAGCAGCUACAACAACUACUGCUUCAAAUUCGCUACAGUCAUCAGUAAUUGGCAGUAGUGGCUCAAUAUUUGGUAAUAAGGCUUCGUCAACUUCUACUAGUGGUCCAGCAACGCCUACAUCAGUGUUUGGAAGCACAAAAACCACUUUAGAAACUUCUACUACUACAACGACCACCCCUACAGCAAUCGUAGCUCCUGUCACUGCAUCAACCUCAGUUUUUGUUUUUGGUACACCAACUACGACUACAUCAAGUUCCGUUUUUGGGACGCCUGCAGCUUCUACGGCUCCGAGUGCCUUCGGAGCACCGACGUCUAGUAUUUUUGGGGCAACAACAACCACUUUUGGAACCCCAUCGACUUCUAGUAAUAUUUUUGGAGCCCCUCCUAGUGCUGGUUCCAAUAUUUUCAGUUCGUCUACUGCAGUUUUUGGUGCAACUCCUUCUGGAAACAUUUUCGCAUCGCCACCAAUUAGCAGUGCCUCAGCUUUUGGGGCUCCCGCUACGAAUAUUUUCAGCCCUACAACCACAACGAGUAUUUUUGGCGGUGCCAGCACUACCGCGUCGCCUUUUGGAUCUCAAACGGGGCCAAUGUUUGGUGUUACGGCAACUACAACUGCUGCUGGUGGCGUGUUUGGACAGCCGCCAGCUUUUGGGAGUCAAUCGGUGUUUGGAGGAGCCCCGGCAGCCGCUGGCUCGUCAGUUUUUGGUCAGGCAGCAGCGGCGCCAGCUGUCCCGGCUGCUUCUGGAAAUAUUUUUGGAAGUACUUCUUCUACCAAUGUCUUUGGCUCAGUACAAUUAUUGCAGUUACUGAUAGUAAUUCCUGUUGAUGUUGAUUUAGCUGAAAUUUCUGAAGAUACUCUUGUUGUGGAUGGUGCAAUUACUGACUCAACAUUUGGAAGAGUUGAAUGA